UCUGCUGCUUUAGGCUUAGAUUAGCCUAGACCCUUUUGAGUUAACAACACAUUCACUGUUUUUCAUAACCUGAUUUUUUUUUUCAUUUUCCACAGGCUCAAACCCCAAGAACACAGAAAAGGAAUGCCCCCCUCUCAUUUGUUCCAGUUUUCUAUUGCAAGCAGGGUCAGGUGGCAGGCAUGUUUGUUCCCUCUCGCCCCUCCUUUUGCGCUUUUGCUUGCGGCCAGAACACAAGCAUCUUCUUUUGUGUCAUUUGCUACUGACAGCGGCUCAGAGGCCUCUGGCAAUUGUGAGAAGAGAAGGCUGCAUGCUUCUUUUCCUUGGCCUCACCCUUCCUCCAUGUUUGAACACACCACCACAAGCGAUUAGCCCUUCCUCUCCUGCUUCCGCCCUUCCAUGGCAAUGGAGGUGGCUCUUGCGGUUUACUCACUGGUGUUGCUUGCCUCCUUCUCCUUCCCUUGCAGGCUUGCAAGUGCCCUCCUCUCUCCCAAGGGUGUAAACUAUGAAGUGCAAGCUCUCAUGAUGAUCAAGACUUCCCUCAAGGAUCCUCACGGUGUGCUCAAGAACUGGGACCAAGACUCCGUGGAUCCUUGCAGCUGGACCAUGGUCACUUGCUCACCUGAGAACCUUGUCACUGGCCUGGAGGCUCCAAGCCAGAAUCUUUCUGGCCUGCUCUCCGCAAGCAUAGGCAACUUGACCAAUCUUGAGAUAGUUCUUCUGCAGAACAACAACAUCAAUGGUCCAAUUCCAGAAGAGAUUGGCAGGCUAACAAAACUCAAAACACUUGAUCUCUCCAGUAACCACUUCUCUGGUGGAAUCCCAAACUCAGUAGGCCACCUCGAAAGCCUCCAGUACUUGAGGCUCAACAACAACACCCUGUCUGGUGCAUACCCUUCAUCAUCAGCUAAUUUAUCACAGCUUGUUUUCCUGGACCUUUCGUAUAAUAAUCUGAGUGGUCCAGUACCUGGUUCUUUGGCAAGAACGUUCAAUAUAGUGGGGAAUCCGUUGAUCUGUGCUGCGGGUACGGAACAUGAUUGUUAUGGAACUUUACCAAUGCCGAUGUCCUACAGCCUGAAUAAUACACAGGGUACUCUGAUGCCAGCAAAAUCUAAAAGCCACAAGGUUGCAAUUGCAUUUGGUUCUACAAUUGGCUGCAUCAGCUUCCUUAUCCCUGUUAUGGGAUUGCUGUUCUGGUGGAGGCAUAGGCGAAACCAUCAAAUUCUUUUUGAUGUUGAUGAGCAACACACAGAGAAUGUCAACCUAGGAAAUGUGAAGAGGUUUCAGUUCAGAGAGCUUCAGGUUGCAACAGAGAACUUCAGCAAUAAGAACAUCUUAGGAAAAGGCGGCUUUGGAAACGUUUACCGGGGAAAGCUACCAGAUGGAACUGUUGUAGCUGUCAAGAGGCUGAAAGAUGGUAAUGCUGCAGGCGGGCAGGCACAGUUUCAGACUGAAGUUGAGAUGAUCAGCUUGGCGCUUCACCGGAACCUCCUCAGGCUUUAUGGGUUCUGCAUGACUGCUACUGAGAGGCUUCUGGUAUAUCCAUACAUGUCAAAUGGGAGUGUCGCAUUGCGUCUGAAAGGGAAGCCACCAUUGGACUGGAUCACCAGACAGAGGAUAGCACUCGGUGCAGCAAGAGGCCUACUGUACCUGCACGAGCAGUGUGACCCCAAGAUUAUUCAUAGGGACGUAAAGGCAGCCAACAUAUUGCUUGAUGACUACUGUGAAGCCAUUGUUGGAGAUUUUGGGCUUGCCAAGCUCCUAGAUCAUCGUGACUCACAUGUCACCACAGCUGUCAGGGGUACCGUUGGGCACAUUGCCCCGGAAUACCUCUCCACCGGCCAGUCAUCUGAGAAGACCGACGUCUUUGGUUUUGGAAUUCUGCUGCUUGAAUUGAUCACUGGUCAAACUGCACUUGAAUUUGGGAAGUCAUCAAAUCAGAAGGGAGCCAUGCUGGACUGGGUGAAGAAGAUGCACCAGGAGAAGAAGCUCGACGUGCUUGUCGACAAGGGCCUGAGAAGCAACUACGACCGUGUCGAGCUGGAGGAGAUGGUGCAGGUGGCACUGCUGUGCACCCAAUAUCUCCCUGGUCACAGGCCCAGGAUGUCAGAGGUGGUCAGGAUGCUGGAGGGAGAUGGACUGGCAGAGCGGUGGGAAGCAUCCCAGCGCGCUGACUCACACAAGUUCAAAGUGCCUGAGUUCACCUUCGGUCGCUGCUACUCUGACCUGACGGAUGACUCGUCAUUGCUGGUCCAGGCAGUCGAGCUCUCUGGGCCGAGAUGACACGAUAACAAAUAGUGGAAGGCAAACCAUCAUUAGUUGUUUGCAGCAGGAUCUGUACAGCAAGAGACACCACUGUACAAUGGAAAAAUAGCCAAAAAAAAAAAUUUAAAGCAAGCAACUGCAUGCCAAUGCAAAAUCACAAAUCGAAGCAGGUAUCAGAUCAGCUGUACAAAGAUUAAAAGAAGAGCACUUCCUAGGCAUAGGAUAUUUCUACUUUUACAGAUUCUGUAACUAUUGGUAGAAUAAGUUUGCAGAGCAAUAUUUUUCAAGAUGUAACAUUUUGUUUAUGCUUUUUUCCUCCCUUGUACCUUUUGCCUUAGCUAGUGUUAGUUAAAAAAGAAACUGUUGUCAUUGGAUUAUAAAGACUUGGCAAUGACAUUUUUGUGCAUUGAUGCAAAGCUUGAAAAUGCAUCAAAUAACACUGACAA